CAACGAUAAACAAACCAUCUCCAACAAUGACUGGACGCGGCAAGGGAGGAAAAGGACUCGGCAAAGGAGGAGCAAAGCGUCAUCGAAAAGUGCUGCGUGACAACAUUCAGGGUAUUACUAAACCUGCUAUCCGUCGUCUGGCUCGUCGUGGUGGAGUCAAGCGAAUUUCUGGGCUUAUUUACGAGGAAACUAGAGGCGUGUUGAAGGUGUUUUUGGAGAACGUUAUCCGUGAUGCUGUUACUUACACCGAACACGCUAAGAGGAAGACGGUCACCGCGAUGGAUGUCGUUUACGCUCUGAAGCGACAGGGACGCACUCUGUACGGUUUCGGAGGAUAAAUUAGCAUCAUCGACUCAGACUAAAAAACCGGCCCUUUUCAGGGCCAUCAAAUGAAUUAAAAAGGUGAUUUUGAUUAACUUCCUUGUCGGAUUUAAAAGGUGGUUGGGAUGUGAUCGAAUGAUGAUUUUUUUCAGUUUAAGAUUAUUAGAUUUACUGGUAUGA